AUGAAAUCCUUCGCCAUCCUCGCUUGUCUUGUCUCCACAUCCACCGCCUUCUUAUUCGGCGGACUUCUCGGCGGAGGCGGAGGAGGCGGAGCUUGCUGUGGAGCCCCACCACCACCACCACCAGCUCCAGCUGCCGGAGGAUACGUCACCGCUCCAUCAGCUCCAGCACCACUCUACCCAUCAGCUCCAGCUCCAGCUAUCCCAUCCGGAGGGUACGCCCAGGCGCCAGGAGGGUUCGGAGGACUCGGAGGAGCCGGAGGAUCUUAUGCCGCUCCAGCUCUCGGAGGAGGACUCGGAGGAUUCGGUGGAGCACCAGCUCAAGGAGGAUAUCAGGCUGCUUCAGGAGGAUUUGGAGGGCUUGGAGGUGGACUCGGAGGAGGAUACCAAGCAGCUCCAGCUCUUCAACUUCCAGGGUUCGGAACCCCAGCUCAAGGACUCGGAGGACUCGGAGGAGGAUACCAACAAGGGCCAGCUCAAGGAGGAUUUGGUGGACAACAAGGAGGAGCUCAAGGAGGAUACCAAUCUGGACCAGCUCAAGGAGGAGCUCAGGGAGCCCAAGGAGGAUACCAACAAGGAGGAGCCCAAGGAGGAUUCGCCGCCCAAGGACAACAAGCCCAGGGAGCUGGAUACCAACAAGGGCCAUCCCAACAAGCACCAGCUCAGGGAGCCGGAUACCAAGCCCCAGCGGCCCAAGGAGCUCAAGGAGGAUACCAAGCCCCAGCCGCCCAACAGGCCCCAGUCCAACAACAACAAUCCGCCGGAUACCAAGCAUCCCAACCAGCUCAAGUGUCUGCUCCAGUGUCCCAAGGAUACCAACCAGAGCAGGUCCAUCCAGUCGCACCAGCUCCAACUCAAACUCAAGGAUAUCAAGCCGAGGCGCAAGUUCAACAACAAGUCACCGCACCAGUUGAAUCAGUUCAAGCAUCCGGAUACCAAUCUGCCGGAGCCGCCGCUCAACCACAAGCAGGAGGAGCUUAUUCUCAGGGAAAGCACUAG